AUGGGAAAAAUUAGGAAGCUCUUGCUAGAAAGGAAAAUUGAGUUAGCUCUAUUUCAAGAAACAAAAAAAGCAAGCCUUUCAAGUGUGGAUGUUAAAAGAGUGUGGCUUAGAGAUAAAAUGGAGUACAUGGUUGUUGAUGCUGAGGGUCAAGCAGGGGGGUUGCUUUGCAUUUGGGAUCCUGAGAUGUUUCAGCUCUCAAAUUGUUGUAGUAAUAGAAGCUUCAUUUUGCUUGCAAGUACUGUCCUCUCCUCUUUUGAAUGUGUUGUUAUCAAUGUGUAUGCUCCUAAUGAUACUGUGGGUGGUGAGUUUAAUGAAAUUAGAAAUUUGGAUGAUAGAGUGGGCUGUUCAAGAAAGGAUAGGGGUAUGAAAGACUUCAAUGAUUUCAUAGAUAGGUAUGAGUUGACUGAGAUACAAAUGAUGGGUAGGAAAUUCACUUGGUGUAAUGCAAUUGAUGGAAACAAAUGGAGUAAAAUUGAUAGAUUCCUGCUUAGUCUUGAGUGGUUAGAAAGAUUCAAGCUCAAACUUUGGGGACUACCUAGACUCAUUUCUGAUCAUUGCCCUCUAGUACUUUUGGAGGAUGAUAGGGACUGGGGACCCAAACCCUUUAAGUUCACAAAUGCGUGGUUGUUACAUCCUAAUUUUGCAUCCUUUCUGGUGAAAGUUUGGCAAGAGACACAAAUAAAUGGCAGAGCAUGUUUCAUAUUGCAUAGGAAAUUACAUGCAUUGAAGUUAGCAUUAAAGAAUUAG